AUGCAAAUUCGGCAAUUCUUGUCGCGGGGAAAAGCGGUGGCCGCGCCGCCUAGUCGACGGCUUGCCUCAUCCGGCGCUGCGAAGGGACCUCACUCCUCUGCCCGUAAACGCUCGCGCUCGCUGCCCCCGUUGUCUUUGAUUGUGGGCGCAGGAGCCGCUGCAUUGACGCUGACUUCGUCCCCCGACGAUGUGCGGCGACUGCGCAACAUCGCUCACACUGGAGCUUUGUGGAGUGAGAUCUUGAGUCGUGGCAGCGUAGAUGCAGCGCAGGACGAGCUGGUGGAGCGUCUGCUUAGCCACAUUCUGCAUCUUCACGACGACGAGCAGAGCCAAAACACACUACGCUUCCUCAUAGAGCAAGGAGUGUUGCCUCUGCUGAUGCAAUACACAGCGUGGACCAAGCCCGCAGACCCCACAAGACUUCAACAAUUAAUGCAGAGUCUCAUUAAGUUGCUCGAUGUUGCUGCAGCCAAUGGACAAGUCGAGCUGAGGUUGUCUCUAGUGACGGUAGCUCAGGCUCUCGCUUAUCUCAUGGAGCAGGACGACCAUUUUGUGAGUUAUGUCGAUCGAUUGCAGCUUGGGGACGACUUGAUGAAGGUGCAGCACUUGGCCCGUCAAAAAUUAGAAGAGGGGGCUGACGCGUCUCGAGCCUUCGUGGUGAAUCGCUCCGACCUGGCUGAUCCGAACUCGUCGCGUGUGGCACAAAGCUGCACUACACUGGUGAGCUUGUGCUCCCCGGAAAUGCCGGAUUCUAUUAAGAAAUUUGGUUUAUGGGCACUUGGCGCACUUGUGCAGGCAGCAAACCGAGAGGAACCGACUGCUCUUCACGCGCAGCAACUAGAAGCAGCUCUAGGACCUGAUUUUGCUUCAAUGAUGCUGGCGUUGCCACGAGACAAUGACAACAUCGACUUGCACGUUCUGGCAGCCUCAGUGAUGGACAGGUUACUCCAUAUCGCUCGGCAUAACCCAGCGGCUGUGACUCGUAACACAUACGAACUGUGGAUGGAUCAAAUUCGCUAUUGGACUGGAACCGAGGAGACCAUGCAACGCAAGCAAAAAUUACAUCUUCAGCUUCAGUUGACCAGUGCUCGAUGUCUCCGUACGCUCACAACCUCUCCACAGAGCCGGCGCUACGUGUGCGAGUCUUCAAGCACACGAGCAGCUCUUUUCGAGUUGUCUCGUCAGAUUCACGAGAAGAGGCAAAGCCACGGAGAUGCAGUUGAUGAAGAUGCGGUACGAAACUUGAUGAGCAUCCAGCGGCACGUGUCCUGGACAUUUCGCAACAUUUGCACCGGAUUCCAGAGCGGCGCCAUGGCCCUCGAUUGCUUGUUCAACGCGUCCUGGACUGCAUCCCUUCUGCAGUCGCGUCGAGAUUUACCCAUGUCACGUUUCUUCCGCGGGGUUAUCGACCUCACAGACUUGCCCAUUGUAGGAGCUGAAGAAUACGAAGCCAGCACCGAGUUCGGAUGGGUCGACAUGUUAACUGCUUGGAGUGCUAGUUCGGAUCACCAAGUCCGUGAGAACGGCAUCGCUAGUCUUGUCUUUCUAGCCCAGCAGGAUUUACAAUCUUCUACAGACUUGGUGUCAGAAGAAGACGAGGGAAUCCGCAACAAGCAAGAGCACAUUCUACAGGCGUGGCUCACGAAUAUGCUCCAGCAGAUCCGGUUACUCUCGGGUGGGGAGCUGCUUGCAGUGAAGCAAACGGAGGAGAUCGCGCACAUAUCGAAAGAAUUAACUCCCGGCAAUGAGCGCAUUCUGUUCAGCCCCGCCGUCGUCGACGCAGGCACGUCAGCUUUGGCAGUGUUAGCAGAGCAUCACCACGCUGAGCUUGUACAGCAAGGUGUCGUUCCACUAGUGGCUUUACUGUCAGCAACCAGUGCGGCUACACCAGCGCUACAUACGCAAUGUGCUCGUGUGCUAGCGAACCUGGUAGCAAGUUAUUGUCUCGACAUGGACCCGAGAAGUUCAGCGCUUUCCACCGGCUUCACUCGAGUUGUGACCAGCGACCACGUCGACAUAGCCAGAUUGCUGGAGCAAACCUCGAGUGGGAAGCGCUUUAUUAGCGAUAUUCGUCACUGGCGCGACUGUGAUGACCCGAUGCAGCGCUCCAAUUACUUCCGUGUCGUACAGAAUCUCUGUGCGUACAAUGAAGUUGUAGCAACUGGUCGUCUCGUGAAGGAUGUCUACUGUGAAGGCGUGCACCCGAUCGUCUCUAAAAGCGACAUUGAAUCCGUGGAGCAACCUACGGACGACAGUUCUGAUCCUCUGGUCGAUGUGGUGUUCGUGCAUGGGUUACGCGGACAUCCGUUCGGUACAUGGCGCACGGAUAUGAGCAAUAAACUCGAAGGGAACAACAAUAUUUGGCCGGACGUGUUGCUAGGAAGAGACUUGCAACGCAACAAAAUCCCUGCGCGGUUAGUGACGCUAGGCUACGAAGCUGGCAUGGUGAGCUGGUCCAGUCCGUGGCCCUCACUGACUCUACAGGAGCGAGCGCGUGUCAUGCUUUCUGCUCUCUACGCUGCUAAUAUCGGUCGAGAUCGCGGCCAUCCAGGCGCUCCUGCACGCCCUGUAGUCUUCAUUACCCACUCGAUGGGCGGCUUGUUGACCAAGAAGAUGCUCUUACUUGAGCGUGAACAGCGAGAUCAAUCAUUACUGGCUGACAGUACGAAGGGAGUUGUUUUUCUGGCCGUCCCGCACUUUGGCUCGGAUCUAGCAAAGGGCGUGCGAUCGGAAGCUAUCCGCAAGUUGAUCCAGGCCCACCCAGCGAUCGAAGACCUAUCAGUGGAUCCCAAUGGACAACUCGAGCAUCUAAACGAUAGCUUCAAGCAGCUAGGAAUUGACUGCUUUAGUGUCGGCGAAGAACGCGCGGCACCAGUGGCGCUUGGCCUCUCUGCUGUCGUUGUGAAGCCCGACUCGGCCGACCCUGGUGUCGGCCGCUUCUACGUCUUGUCCGAGUCCGACCACAUGACAAUCUGUAAGGCCAAAAGCCGCGACGAACCGCUAUACCAGGACAUUCUUCAGUAUGUUAUUCAGCAUGCCCGAGCGUAA